AGUCUGCAGAAAUGGAUUUACGGAAAGGGUUCUUAAAGGGCUCAAAGCGUCUACGAGAGAGCCGUCAAAACACUCAAUGAUUUGAUUGGAGCACAGCCCUAAACCCUCGCGCAUUGUACGGGAGCGCGCCUCAAAGCUCGUGAGUGUGGCGGUCGGGAUUGGGCCUAUGGUUUGAACGUGUCCACAGGCACGCGCUCAUAUAAACGGCAGAUGGUCAGGGCUACAAGCUAGGAGGCUAACGCCACGUGACAUUCCUGCCGGAUCAUGUGAUCGAUCAACAUCCUGCAUACUGCCGUCGACAACUUUUCCCGCAGCAAAUCCCAAAACAGACGAACAUGGCGGAUUACGAAGAGCGGCAGAGCCUGCUGGGAGAUGGCGACGAGGGUUUGUCCACCGCCGGAGGACCCGGCAGACCGAUGCCGGCCAUCUCCGACCCCAGGCACCUACUCCACCGAGUGGUGGUCCUGGUCUUCAUGUGCUUCCUGGGAUUCGGAAGCUACUUCUGUUAUGACAACCCGGCUGCUCUUCAAACGGAAGUCAUCCAGGACCUGAACCUGAAUACUUCAAAGUUCAUGCAGCUGUACGCCUGGUACUCUUGGCCCAAUGUGGUGCUCUGCUUCUUCGGGGGAUUCCUGCUUGACCGGGUUUUUGGCAUCCGGUUGGGGACCAUCAUCUUUUCACUCUUCGUCUGUGUUGGACAGGUAAUAUUUGCUGCUGGAGCUUUAGUGAAUCAUUUCUGGCUGAUGGAAGCUGGACGUUUCAUAUUUGGUAUUGGAGGAGAGUCCUUGGCCGUGGCCCAGAACACCUAUGCUGUCAACUGGUUUAAAGGAAAAGAGCUCAAUCUGGUGUUUGGCCUUCAGCUGAGCAUGGCUCGCCUGGGCAGCACAGUGAACAUGAACAUCAUGGGCUGGGUGUACAGCAAAGUCGCAGACCUCGUCGGCUCUCAUGGACACACCGCGCUGGGCGCAUCGCUCAUGAUAGCUUCUGUAACCUGCCUGUUUUCUCUCAUGUGUGCCUUGGUGCUGGGAUUCCUUGACAAAAGAGCAGAGAGGAUCCUCCACAAAGAAGGCGGCGAAGCAGGUGAGGUGAUCAAGUUGACAGACGUGAAAGACUUCCCCUUCCACCUGUGGCUCAUCUUCAUCAUUUGUGUGUGCUACUAUGUUGCCAUAUUCCCCUUUAUUGGACUAGGACAGGUGUUCUUCAUUGAAAAAUUCAACUUCUCCCCAGCUGAAGCCAGAGCUGUCAACAGUAUUGUGUACAUCAUCUCAGCCCCUGCAUCUCCCCUUCUGGGCUUCAUGGUUGAUCGGACAGGGAGGAAUGUGGUUUGGGUAAUGUUUGCCGUGGUCGCAACACUCGCUGCUCACAUGAUGCUGGCCUUCACCUUCUGGAACCCAUGGAUUGCCAUGUCCCUGCUGGGUGUCUCCUACUCCCUUCUGGCCUGUGCCCUUUGGCCAAUGGUGGCCUUUGUGGUACCCGAGCAUCAGCUGGGGACAGCCUAUGGCUUCAUGCAGUCAAUCCAGAACCUGGGACUGGCGCUCAUUGCCAUGGCAGCAGGAUCCAUCCUAGACAACAGAGGAUACCUGGUUUUGGAAGUCUUUUUCUGCGUCUGCAUCUGCUUUGCACUGAUGGCAGUGGUGAUGCUGUACUUUGUGGAUUACCUCAGAGGAGGAGAUUUGAACCGGUCAGCCGCAGCCAGGGCCAAACUCCAUAAAGAAGCCAAUUCGGACGCAGAGUGAUUGAGGGAACACACAAAGGCCACCCAAGAGCUGUCAAUCAACUGCCACUGGGCGGGACAGGAUGGCGGGAUGACUGUCAGUCAUCUCGUCAGUUACUAAAGAAAGUUGCUUCCAAAUGAAAACGCAUGAGACUCAUAUCCUGUGGAAAGGUGCCUAUUUAUAAUAAAUAGGGCUUGAUUUGAUGACAUGCUAAUUCAACUCUCUAUAUAAGAUUCAUAUAUUAAUUAAAUUGUUCUAAAUGGUAAUUUUGGUUUUUAAAAGUUUCUUUUUCCAAAUUGUCUCAAAGUGCUCUGUUUUUUGCUCUAUUGCAGACAACGCAGCAGUUAAUAUACAUAUCAGUUGUCAGCAUUCAUAAUAAUUGCCAAACAAAAUACUUCUUACUGGGCUUUCCUUAGUGAUAUCUUAUUCAAUGUAAUCAUAUGUAUCAUUGACCAUUUUUAUGGUGCAAAAUCUCAAAGAGCAUAGCUCUUUAUUUGUUAUGUCUUUAUUACUUACUUGAUAAUUGUAUUUCCUAAUUCCUUUAUCUGCUCUUCGCUGGUUUCGGGGUGCAUAAAGAUUUAUUUUCUGUUGCUUCAUCAAAUGAUAAAUUACUCUCUUUUUUUUGUCUUUUGCUUGUUUAUCAAGCUCAGUUAAUUAACUUGUUGUAAGCAUUUCCCCCAAGCUGUUGCUUGCUUCACCUGAACAGUGAGACAAAAUAUGAAUGCACUGUUUAUCUCAUCAUGCCAGUUAUGUAUAAUAAAAAAAACAUGUGUUCUAAUCAGGGGCGCAGACUGCCUGAUAAACACUCUCUACCUCAGUUGGGAAAGUAUGUCAUCAAAAUGUUAGUAACUUAACCACCCGCUGAAAAUCGAAAUCGUAAGAUUUUUAUUUUUUUAUGACCUCCCGAUGGUCAACAUCCCACUAUGUUGCGGUGAUGUAGAAGUUUACUCCGGGGGGGUCUGCACACAGUGACAUCACUUGUUUGGUGGUUUCUAGGUGCGAAAGAGCACACUAUCUGAGAACACCUAUCUGUGAUGUGGUGCAUCGGCUCAAGAGGCGAAACUAGCAACCACAGACAGCAGAAUGCUGCUCUUCAGUGUGGCGUUAAGGUACUCUUUAAAGGCCAGCAUGUGUAAGAAGACAAUUGUGUGUCUGUGUAAUUGCACAUUAAAAUGACCACACAGACAGACUCACUCGUCGCUUUAUUCGCACUAUAUGGGGAUGUGACAGCAGGGCAGUCUUUGCCUACCAAGUGUUCACUGUUAUUGAGCGGUCUGCAAGAAAUGACAUGAUUGUGAAAUUACUAUUGUACAAUAAAACGAUAAGAUUAAAAUCUUUUUUUAUCACAUUUGGUACAAGAUCAUUCAUGAAACGAUUAAAGAAACAUUUUUGAAAGCAUAC